ACUGUUACUUAAUAUCAGUAAUAGGCCUGACAAGAUAUCUAGUACUAAACAUCUUGUCCAAAUUUCAAAAAAACAUUUGACUAUGUUCUAUUUGAGUGUGAGUAGGGUAUACAAAUUCCCGUUUUUACCGGCAAUCUUUGAUAGGAGAUAGAGGUUCUUAAUUACUUGUUAAUCACAAUUCACCACCCAAAUCAUUUGUUUAGCUCCAAUAGGUUCUAUUUAGUACACAAAUACAAAUGUUCAUUAAAAUAUCCAGAAGGCGUCAAAGGGCAAAAUCGUCCGAAAAUCUGUAUAUUAACAACCCCCAACUUCCAACCUCCACACUUCCCAUCCUUCCACUCCCACACUCCCUCCCAAACCCGCCAUCGCCGGCCAAAAAUCAGAACAGAACAGAGUAACCCCAAACUAACACAAGAAGAAAGAAAAAAAUGGCUCCGCCGCCGCCGCUAACUCCUUCGGUCAUCCUCAUUCUACUAGCCACAUUCCUCGCCGCCGCCGUCGCCUGCCCGCCAGCCGACCUAGCCGCCCUCCAGACCUUCAAAUCCGCCCUCACCGACCCGUACCUCGGCCUCUUCGACACCUGGACGGGCUCCAACUGCUCCGCCUACUUCGGCGUCAGCUGCGACCCCGCCACCUCCCGCGUCACUGAAAUCAACCUCCGCGGCGAGUCGGAGGAUCCGAUCCUCACCAAGGCCGGCCGAACCUCCGGCUACAUGACCGGAACCAUCUCCCCUGCCAUCUGCAAGCUCGACCAGCUCACCACGCUCAUCAUCGCCGACUGGAAGGGCCUCUCCGGCCAGAUCCCCGACUGCGUGUCCUCGCUCUCCAACCUCCGCGUCCUGGAUCUCGUCGGCAACAGCCUCUCCGGCCAGAUCCCCUCCCAAAUCGGAAACCUCAACCGCCUCGCCGUGCUCAACCUCGCCGACAACAGAAUCUCGGGCGAAAUCCCGGAGUCGAUUUCGAAAUUGGAGAGCCUGAAGCAUCUCGACCUCAGCAACAACCAGAUCUCCGGCCGGAUCCCCAACGAUUUCGGGAAUAUGAAAAUGCUCAGCCGCGCUCUGCUUGGCAGGAACCAGCUGGCCGGCCCUGUUCCAAACUCCAUGUCCAAUAUGUACAGGCUGGCGGACCUGGAUGUGUCCAUGAACCAGAUCUCCGGCGGGUUGCCCGGUUGGCUCGGGGACCUGCCGGUGCUGUCGACGCUGAAUCUGGACAGCAACGCGAUCGGCGGCGAGAUUCCGGCGAAGCUGCUGGGAAGCAGGGGGCUGGGGAUAAUGAACCUGAGCAGGAACGCGCUGGAAGGGGAGAUACCGGACGCGUUCGGGCCGGAGAGUUACUUCAUGGUGCUGGACCUCUCGUACAACAACUUGAAGGGGAAGCUUCCCGGGUCGCUGUCGUCGGCGGCGUACGUGGGUCACCUGGACUUCAGCCACAACCACCUGUGCGGGUCGAUUCCCGCCGGGGAGCCGUUUGAAAAGUUCGACUCGGCGUCGUUCGGGUUCAAUGAUUGCCUUUGCGGGAACCCACUCAGCACUUGUUAGUUGAUCCAUCGUCAUGGGAAAUGUGGAAGAAGAACUAUAUGUUAUGUGGUGGGGUGAAUUGAUUUGGGAAAUGUAUUGUAUGUAUGUAGUAAAAAAAUGGUAAAUCUUUUUCAAGUUACCGAGUAACUCAAAUUAUUAUUUUUACUUAUUAUUGCUACCGCUUAAGGGCGGUUUUACCUUAUUCUUUAAUCUUGUUUGGUGAUUAUGAAAGGGAAGAGGGCGUGGAUGAGGGAGGGGGGCUGUUGCAUGCACGUGAAGGUUAGGCAUACGCGUGACAUUUCAAUAGAGAUUCUCGACAACUUUUUUUUGGGUCUUUUUGUUUGAAAGAUUUGCAUCAUGGAUUUGGUACCAAAAAAUCAAUCAUCAUGGAUUUACACACAAUCCAUUGUUUGCUUUGUCAGAAAAAUGUAUAGAUAAAUCUGUGGGCCCAACGAUUUUGGGUUUUAUUUUUGCUCCAAAUCCUUGGGCCCAACGGUUUUAUAAAUCCCACCUCAUACCCUGGGGUUUGGAGACAAGCUGAAAAACCAUCAAAUACAUGAUAAAAAUAGCUCAACAAACAAAGGACUUCCUCAAAUCCAUAAUGCCUAAAAUCCCUAAUAAAUCUCAAUGUUAUAAACGCGCUGCUACGGAUCGGGAAAUCGCUGGAAUCAACAAAGCAAGAAUACGAAAGCGAGAAUCGAAAAAACGACACACGAUUUACGUGGUUCACUAACACGAUGUGUGUUAGCUACGUCCACGGGCGAGAGAGAGCCAAUUUCACUAUAUCGAGGAGAUUUCAGAUUACAGAGUAUGAGAAGUAUUUAUAGCACUUCUUCAUGUGGGUCUAAACCUAAUCCAAUCUAGCAAAGAAAACGGUUACAGACCAGGCCCAGAACCCGAACCCAAAUAACAUUGAGCCCAUACACCGUGGGCCGGGGGCGUUGCCCCCGCACCCCCACCGGGGCGUUGCCCCUAGACCCCACUCGCUGACCGGUCAGCGAGACCCCCAAUUACCAGUCGUAGCGGCUGAUAGUCCGAUUCAAGUCACAUCAACACUCAAGGUUUUUAACUAGCAAAUCCAUGACAAAACCCUCGUUAUAAAAUCUUUGAAGCAAACAACCCCUUAAUUACAGCUUGACUAUAGCGCACUACUAGGUUUACAUCGUACUGUAGCUAUAUAUGAUUUACCCAGAGCCAGUCAAAUCGGGACUCUGUAAGUUGCAUGAGGUUCAGUGUAAGGUAAACCUAACUUGGUCAAGUGGAUGAAAAAGAAAACCCUCAAACAAUGCUCAUCAGAUCAAAGAUCUAAACUGUAAGAAUAGCAAAAUUAACCCACUAACUCAAAUCAUAAGAUUUAUUUACUCUAAAAAUAAGAAUCGCAAAUUCUGAUUCAUCGGAAUAUAUUAAAGUGUAUAUAUCUAAUUCAGAAGAACUAAACAUAAAAAUUUGUAGUAUUAUCAUAAGAUAAUCGUGCCCGAAAUUAUUUUUCAUAUGCAAUAUACCGGCAUAAGGUGAGUAACAACAUCACCAGCACAGCAAGGAUGAAAAAGUUGGAUAGGAAGGGUACAUAUUGCAGUUGGAGAGCAAAGGAUAGAGCAGAACCCCAACCAACCCACCACCGCCCAAAAACAAUUUUAUUUUACUUUAAUAUUAUCAUCAUCAGCAAGCAUCACUCAAUGGAAGACAAGAAACAAAACAAGAGAAACAAAGGAGCACGUGAAUAAAGUCUAUUGGCUGUG